ACCACCGUUAGCUAUCUUCUAAAUAGAUUGAUAGAAUAGAAGGUUACGUGAAUAAUUUAAACAGAAGAAAAGCAACCCUAAAAUCGUGCAAACACGUAUAAUAUUAAAACAAAAACAAUACCUACAGCCAAGGAUAACCUUAAACAAGAUCUUUGAUUCUCUCCUCUUCUUCUUCCUUUUCUUUUUCUUUUUUCCUUAUUAUUAUAAUAAUAAUCAAACCCUCAUUAGUUUCCUCUUUUACCUAUCUCUCCAUUCAAUCCAAUCUAACCUCACCUUAGAGGGAGAGAGGAGGAAGGCUUUUCCCUUUCCUCUUUCCUCGUCUUUCUCUCUUUUCAUUCUUUCUUUCUCCAUUUUUUUCCUGAUUCAUUUUCUUAGUUUUCUAUGAGGAAUUUGUGUCCAAAUUUUGAUAAGGAAGAUGCGCUUGAUACCGUAUUGGAAGUGCCUAUCCCGGAAGAGAUGUUUACCAAUAUGGGUAGCAAUGGUGCUUCGAGAUGGGCUAAUAUGCGUGCAUUAAUGAGAGCUCAAUCUGCUGAUAAAUCGUCUCAUUUACAAGCUAAAUCUGAUAACGAGUUUAUUGCAUUGCUUAAGCUUGUUGGUUCUCCUCUCGUCCCUUUCCAGGUUCAUCCUGAUCAGCCUGUUACUCGUCCUAUGAUCAGAGAUUGUUCCAUUGAAGCUUCUACUGCGAAAUAUAUUGUACAACAAUAUGUGGCGGCAACAGGAGGGCCAGUGGCGCUGAAUUCAGUGACUAGCAUGUAUGCAGUAGGACAGGUUAAGAUGGCUGGGUCAGAAAUGCAUGAGGGUAAUGGUAGCGUGCAGACAGGAGGCAAGUCUGAGGUUGGUGGGUUCGUGCUUUGGCAAAAAAACCCUGAUCUAUGGUACCUUGAACUAGUUGUUUCUGGUUACAAGGUUAGUGCAGGUAGUGAUGGCAAGGUUGCUUGGAAUCAAUCCUCUUCUCAACCUUGUCAUGCCAAUAGAGGCCCACCACGACCCCUGAGACGAUUCUUUCAGGGACUGGAUCCAAGGUGCUCGGCCAAUUUGUUCUUAGACGCAGUAUGCAUUGGAGAGAAGACUGUCAAUAGCGAAGAAUGCUUCGUACUAAAGCUAGAGACGGAUGCAAACAUCCUCAAAACACAAUGUUCACCCAACACUGAAAUCCUUCACCACACAAUAUGGGGAUACUUCAGCCAAAGAACUGGGUUACUUGUGAAAUUUGAAGAUACAAAGUUGGUAAAGAUGAAGCCUAUAAAAGGAAAUGACAGUGUGUAUUGGGAAACAAGUAUGGAGUCUGUGCUUGGAGAUUAUAAGUACAUUGAAGGCAUAAAUAUAGCACACAGUGGAAAGACCAUUACCACAUUAUAUAGGUAUGGUAGUUCUAUUAAUCACAAGAGAAAGAUUGAAGAAAAUUGGAGAAUUGAGGAAGUUGAUUUUAACAUUUGUGGCUUGUCAACUGAUUAUUUUUUGCCUCCUGCUGAUCUAAAGAGAGACCAACAAGAAGGUGGUGGAGGAGACUAAUGGCUCUGCUACAUUUUUCUUCUUUUCUGUUUUCUUUAGUUUUUGAUGUUAGAGGGAGAAAUGGAAAUCAAAGAAAUGUGACUGUACAUAUAGUUGAAUUUGAAAUUAUUUUCUUUUUCUUUUUCCUAAAAUCUAUGGUAUUAAGUUCAAGAAUA